ACACAGAGAUAAGCAGAGAGAGAGAGAGUCAGAAGGGGGGAGUGUCAGAGAGAGAGAGAGAGAGAUAGAGAGUCAGAAGGAGAGAGUGUCACAGAGAGAGAGAGAUAGAUAGAGAGUCAGAAGGAGAGAGUCGGAGAGAGAGAGAGAUAGAGAGUCAGAAGGAGAGAGUCAGAGAGGGAGAGAGAUAGAGAUUUAAAAGGAGAGAGGAUCAGAGAGAGAGAGAUUGAGAAGAGGAAGAGAGAGUGUCAGAGAGAGAAUGGUAGAGAGAAAGAGGAGGAGAGGGUAAGAGAGAGAGCGAGAGAGAGAGAGAGAGAGAGAGAGAGAGAGAGAGAUGACCCAAAACAAGACUUGCUGCUUACCACUUGGCUCUUUGGGCCGUCUGACUGGAAACUGGGAGUUCCUAAUCUGAUUCCCUAACGGACACUGGAGGAGCAACUCUCAAGUUAUUUCUUCCCCACUUUUUUGUCGAGUUCCAUCUUUUUGACCUGGAUACCUGUCUGCCUCCUCCCUCUCCUCUGCCUGUGUGCUCCCCCCCUCCGGGACCAUGAGGAGGGACCGUCUCCUCCUGGCCACCACCCUGACGCUGGUCUUCACCGCAGACCUCUACUUCGUGCUGCUGCCCAAGCUCCAGGACUUCCGGCAGGCCGGGGGCCCCGGCUGCGUCUGCGCCCGGGGGAACGACUCCCUUCCCAGGCAGGGCGGUCUCGUCAGCCCCCGGCUCUCCAACAGCACCGACAGCCUCCAGGACAGCGCUGAGAGCGAGCUCGAUGACGGGGGCUCCAAGCUGGACAGGCUGUUUGACCAUCCCUUGUACAACAUCCAGACUCCGGUGCUGGGGCCGGAGGAGAGGCUGCUGCAGGCGGAGCAGCUCGUCGCCUACUACCAGAAGAAAGUGUCACGCUGGGAGAGACACAUGGAGAUGUACAACGAGGCGGCGGCAGCCUCAAAUAUCACUGUGCCCAAGCACAAGGUGACCUUUGACCCGGAGGUCAGCUGGCUGAAGUUCCACCUGGGGAUCAACCGCUACAGCCUGUACUCCCGCCAGGAUCCGGCCGUCGGCCAGCUCCUCCGGGACAUGCACGACCUCACCAUCAUCAGUGCAGAUUACACUCAGGACGAGAAGGCCCUGAAAGGAGCAUGUGACUGUGAGCAAGUGGUGAAACCCAGUGGACACCAUCUGAAGUUGGCUUUGAAGAUGAAUGACUUUGGCAAAGCCAUGUUUAAACCCAUGAGGCAGCAGAGGGAUGAGGUCACCUCUGAGGACGUUUUCUACUUUGUGGAUUUCCAGAGGCACAACGCAGAGAUCGCUGCCUUCCAUUUAGACAGGAUCCUGGACUUCCGGAGAGUUCCGCCAGUGGUGGGUCGCCUGGUGAACAUCACGGUGGAGGUGCUCCUCGCCACCCACAACCAGGACCUGAGGAACGUCUUCUUCACCUCCCCCGCGAAAAACACGUGCUUCUUCGCCAAGUGUCUGUACGUGUGCAAGACGGAGUACGCCGUGUGCGGGAAGCCCGACACCCUGGAGGGGUCUCUGUCCACCUACCUGCCCGGGCUCAGCCAGGCCCCCCGGGUCUCCAUCGCCAGCCCCUGGAUACGCUCCUACACCUUCGAGGGGCGCAAGGACUGGGAGGUCAAUCCGUUCUUCUGCGACACCAUAAAGCAGAUGUACCCCUACAACUCCGGCAACCGACUCCUGAAUAUCAUCGACAUGUCUAUCUUUGACUUCCUCAUGGGUAACAUGGACAGGCAUCACUAUGAACUCUUCACCAAAUUCGGUGACGAGGGUUUCCUUCUGCACUUUGACAACGCCAGAGGGUUCGGACGGCCCUCUGAAGACGUGAUGUCCAUUCUGGCCCCGUUAUCUCAGUGCUGCAUGAUCAAGCGGUCGACGCUGAUGAGGCUGCGGCUGCUCUCGCGGGAGCGCUACCGCCUCAGCGACGUGAUGCGGGAGUCCCUGUGGGGAGACCCCCUGCGGCCCGUCCUGACCGAGCCCCACCUGCUGGCCCUGGACCGCCGGCUCAAGAGGGUCCUGGAGGUGGUGGGGGGCUGCGUGCGGGAGCUGGGCGAGGAGCAGGUGGUCACCACAGACUACGCCCGGUCCACCGAUCCGCCCUGGACCAGCACCGUGGCGGGGGAGGGGGCGCAGAGGUAGCAGAGGAGGAGGAGGAGGAGGAGGAAGAGGAGGAAGGGAGGGACGUGGUCUCGUUUCCAAAGAGGCCCAUGGACUGCAUGUUUGAUCGAAGACCUUGGAGGGACAUUGCAUUGUGUGCACGUGCGUGUGUGUGCAUGUGCGUGUGCGUGUGUGUGUGUGUGAGAGACUUUCAACUGGAGAUACCUGGGAGAGAUUGACCGCAGGACAGACUGUGGACAGGGAAUGAUGCGUAAUGACAACCUUCAGGAUUUUGAUGAGCAAAGUGGGAGUAACCCCCCAGCAACCCCCCCUCCCUCCCCCGACACCCAACAGUGUUAUCAGAAUUAUUUGUGAUGUGGAAUGUGAUGAACAGCCCAGGUGGCUGGUGAUGGAUUUCCCAAUCACAAAAACAAGCUCAACACCUUUUCCAUUUCAUGGGGUUUUCAAGCUACCUUGUUCCGGGAGGGGCUGAUUCAGGACUCCAGAGACUGGCUUCUGCUUGGGAUUCAGACAAGCCUUUUAGAGAAGGAGAAGCCAAUAUGCAGUUAGACGACCUCUCACGCAACAAGUGGCACUAAGCUGCCACGACUACUCGCCUCAGCCAUGAACAGACCACUGAGCAUCCAUCCCCUGCUCUGCUUUUCGUUCUCUCAUUUGACACACCCAAGCCAGCACCAGGAAUAAUAUUGGUAUCAUUAAAGUUUAUUGGUUUACUAAUCAAAUCUAUUUGUAGAGUAAAAUAGGUUAUAUCUUGCCAGUACCAGGAGAUGUAGAUGUAGAGGUUGUAGCUUUUUUGCUUUCUAACUUACUAAAAAAGCAGCUUUAUACAUAAUUUAUUUCAUUACAUCGAUUAUUAAUAUAAAUUAUUACAGAAAAAUACCAAAAAGUCAAAACAAAAGAUACAACUUCAGCCUGUGUCAUGAGCUCCCAGCGUCGAUGGACUUGUGUGUAAAUAACAAUAAAGAUCUUAAUUUACAAUAUGAGUAAGUCUAACAAGGUUUGCUGAAGCGGCAUCUGAACAGGGCCUUCAUGGCAGGACAGCCGGAAGACACAGCGAUCGAUGUGUGCAGAGCGCGGGAUGACACGCCUUAAUGAACAUGACGUGGAGAUCCAC